AUGGGAGUUUAUCAAUCGUGCGUCGAAAAAGGAUAUAUCUCAGAGUCAGAUGCUCAGAAGAUCUCUAAUAAUACAUUCUUCACAGAGAAGCAAAUUUUCAUCUUAGCGCAAAUCUACAGGAAAUUGACAAAAGCUGCCCAGAUUACAAUCGAUAGCUUUUGCAAGAACCUCCAGAUUAAGAAUAGAAGCAUUGGUGAGAUUCUCUACAGGAUCAUUGAUUCCGAUGGAAGUGGAGAUAUUGAUUUCAUGGAAUUUGUUGAAGGACUUAAUAAAUUCCAUCCAGAUGCUCCAUUUGAUGAGAAGGUAAGACUAUGCUUCCAAGCAUAUGAUAGUGAUGGAUCUGGAGCUGUUUCUAGAGAUGAAAUUCAAGAAGUCAUUAAGAUUUCCAUUGCCGAUAAUUCAUUGAUUGCAUUAGAUGAUGCUCAAGUGACCCAAAUUGUUGAUCAAUUAAUAAGUCAAUAUGAUGAUGACGGCAGUGGAGAAUUGGAAAUCGAAGAGUUUACAGAAAUGGUUUCUGCAGCUCCGGGUGUUAUUGAAAGCUUUGACAUCAAUCUUGAUGCCAUUUUUGGAUAA